UCUAAAGAGUUGGAUGGGUUUAGGGCUUGGGGUUUUUGAGGUUUGAAUGAACAUGACCAACUUUGGUUGUUUUCAUAAAGGAAAUCAAAACCUCCACAAAAUUCAUUUUCAUGGUUUUGGUCGUAUCAUCCAAUUGCCAGCAGAAAAAGGAGGGCUUCUUCAACAAUCUUGUCUGAAUCCAUUAAUAAUGCCGGGAGAUGAUCUUAAUGAGAGUGUUAAUGACGGCUCGGGCAGUUGUUCUAGAGAUUAUUAUUUUACUAGUAUUAAUCCUGAUUCUAAUGAUGAUGAUGAUGAUCACCAAGGCUGGCUUCAGCUCACCGUCGGCCGCCGCGGCACCGCCUCCACGAGCCGCCACGGAAGCGGCGGGACCCGCCUCCGAUUAGUGGAACUCGAUCUUCUCCCGCCGGGACCCAGUGGGGCUUCUACUACCACGGCGGAGGUCAGGAGUCCGUUUCCCCCUCCCCCUCCUCCGUCUUCCACUGUGGGUUGCAUUAGCGCCACGCCGCCGUAUAGCUUCUUGCAACAUUCGGCGCGGGCAUUUCGGCCCGCGAUUCCCUCGCAAGGAGUUGCCGGUGCGGGUUCGCCAUCGUCCUAUCCUGUUUUGUACUCGCCUCCGCUGCCGUCGGCCGGUUCCCGUUUUGCACCUCGGCCGCCGGUUGAAAGUCCGUCGGUGGACACCGGCGGCGGAGCAUAUAACUUUAGAGUGAUUGAUCCUCCUAGACGGCCACAUGCCGGUAUAUGGUUUUCCUUACAAGCAUCUAAAAAUCAAGCGAAAGAGCCUUAUUUGCCGCAGAUACCAAAGAGCUUCUUAAGAAUCAAAGAUGGAAGAAUGACGGUCCGAUUGGUGCUUAAGUAUCUCGCACAUAAGCUACACCUAAAUAACGAGUCAGAGGUAUUUUAUUUGUAACUAAUUAAUAAAAAUUAUAUUCCAAUAUUCUUUAUUAAAUAAUUCUCUUAGCUUGGUAACUACGGAGUAUUUGAACUAAUUGAGCUUACUGUAAUGG